CCCACCAGUUUUCCGGGUCCGCGGUCGUGUUGUUAUAGCUAGCAUGUUGUCAAAGUGAAGCAAACACUCGUUCAGGAGGACACUUAUCAGCAGGACACGUAUCAAGUUCUCAUGCGUUGCUAGCAACUAUGUUUUUUGGUUUGCGGUAUUUGUAGUGCCUAAAAUACCGACACACUUACCUUACAGCUAACAGUUAGCUAAUCCACAAAAGCGGUCAGUGUUAUCCAGCUGCAUUACGAGAGGUAACGUUAGCUUAAAGCGGAACGUCGAUCUACCCGUUCUUAGCUCUGAAACUGGCCGCCAUGGGAGGCGUUCGCUGGGCGUUCCGGUGUGGCUCGUGGACGCCGAGCCGGUCGGAGUGGCUGUUAGCGGCCCGGUGUGUGCAGCGCGAAGAGAAAGAACGAAUCGGACAGUUCAUGUUUGCCAAAGAUGCCAAAUCAGCUAUGGCUGGCAGGUUGUUGUUGAGGAGGUUGGUGUGUGACAGGAUGGGUGUUCCCUGGUCUGACAUCCGCUUGGAGCGUUCUCCCAGAGGAAAGCCCUACCUGGCCAACCCAGCCUGCUCCAGCCCUGAAACCAUGGGCUGGAGUUUUAACAUCUCCCACCAGGGUGACUACGCUGUGCUGGCUGCAGAGCAGGGGCUGCAGGUCGGGGUGGAUGUAAUGAAGACCACCAUGCCAGGUAGCACUUCUGUGCCAGAGUUUUUCCGUAUCAUGACGAGGCAGUUUACUGAUUAUGAGUGGAGUGUUAUCCGCAGAGCAGGAUCGGAAUGGGAGCAACUGACCAUGUUCUACAGACACUGGGCGUUGAAGGAAAGUUUCAUCAAGGCGAUUGGCACAGGGCUGGGCUUUAAUCUACAGAGGGCGGAGUUUCACCUGUCACCUGAGCCAAUUGCAGAGGGCAAGGUGUGUCGCCGGACCACAAUGCACCUGGACGAGGAAGAAGAGGAGGUCUGGGCGUUCGAGGAGACUGUAUUGGGUAAGGACCACCAUGUUGCUGUGGCACUGGGACCCAGCCAUACAGUCAGAUCUGUGCCUCCCCCUGCCCUCACCGAUCCUCCCCCCUCCUUCACCUUCCUCUCCUUCAGUGACCUCAUCAGCAUGGCCACACCCCUCUUUGAAGAAGACUCCGCCUACUGGGAGAACUUCCAGAAAAAGGCUGAAGCUCCGGAAAGACAGAGACUCAUAGCUACAGCAUGAGUGAGGUGGAGUGGUCAAAGGACAGACAGGUGAUGUCACUCCUGUUGAUCUCCAUGCAGGACCGUACAGGAACAGUCGGUGAACAGCAGGGUUGGUGUGACUGAGGCAUCUGGAGGAGCUGGACACUCUAACAACAAAUUGAAAUAGCAUUGAAAUAAUGUUGGUCCUCAGACCCACCUAGAGUCAAAUGCCAGUGAUGGAAAGGGUUCCAUGACUGCAAAUUGCUCUUUUUUGGGGGGUAUUGAUUCUGUAGGUUGCAAUCACCUGAAUUGAUUGUGGUCAUCUGUCAUUACUACAGUGUUGUUGACCAACCUCCCUGUAAUGUGAUUAAAGGUUUUAUCAUAGGC